CAGGAAGUGAGUCACAACCGACGGUAAUGUUGCGUGUCGCUUACAGCACCAACCGAGACCCGAAAGAACAAGGAAGCAACAUGUGCCGAGAACAAUAACUCCACGCAGCAGCACAGAGAGGCAUCCCAGGACCACGAGAACACACGUCGACUGGAUAAGCACUUGAAGCGGCACGAUACUACUUUACAGCACAAUGAAAAGAGAGGUAAAAGCAGGAGUCGGCUUUUUGAAGCGGCUUGUCGUGGCACGCGGCAAGAUCGAUGAAGCCAAAGCACAGUUGUUUGCCGAGAAGCUUCAGCAGCUCUUAUGCGCCAAAUUCGAUGGUCACUGGUACCCAGAGUGCCCCACCAAAGGCCAGGCUUUUAGAUGCAUUCGAAUAAAUGAGGGACUACCCAAUGAUGACAUGCUCCUGAAGGCCUGCGAGGAGAGUGAGCUCACACCCAGCGAUCUCUGUCUUCCACCAGAGAUUACUGUGUGGAUUGACCCAAUGGAGGUGUGCGUGAGAUCCAGAGAGAAUGGUUUCCCAUUCUCUAUAGCCUGUUUCAAAGACAAAGAAGAUGACGAGAAAGGACAGGAAGAUUCUUCCAUAGACUCGACAAACCACGACACGUCCGACUACCACUCUGCUACAUCUUCUGAUUGCGGUUCCACCGUGUGCAGUGAUACAGAGGAGGAGGCAAAGGACGGAGAGACGGAAGGGGAGCAAGAAAACAAGGCACUGGUGAAAGAGCAGCCUGUGCAGGACAACAAUGUCGAAAUUACAAUGGUGCCCAGAAUUCGGAAACGUCAUGGAGGCAGAGCAAGAAAAACCAAACACGGUAGAAACGGGGUUCAGGCCAACCUCCACUAUUACUUCCCACCUGUACCAGUCUGGCCCCAUUGCAAGAAUGGUGCCCCAGUGUUCCUCACCACAGUUGCUGCCCCGCCGCCAACACCAUUACCACCCCAUCAGAUGUACAUGCAUUACAUGAUACCGCAGCCUCCUCCACAUUUCAUCAUUCCCCGGACCACUCUGCAGCCAUGUGGGUAUGAACCCCUCAACUGAGUUUAGCUCAACACGAGCUGGAAGACGUUUUUUUGCAACAGUCACAUUUUAAACUUGCACCUUCAAAGUUAUUUCUUGCACAGUCUUUAUUUUCUUUCUCUUUAAAUUCUGAUCGAUUCAGUCAAUCAAUACAAUUCAGCAGCAGCAUUGCUGAUGGCAGUUCUUAUUUCCUGGGGACCUAUCAAAUCUGCAUACACUGGGUGCUUGUAUGAACUCAGGGAUUUGCUGCAAUUCACUUUAUGCUAGAUAAUUUUCUUUUUCAGUUGGUUUGUUUUAAUAUUCUUCUGAAAAUGCUGCUAUGCAGUGGUCUACUGUGCACAUUUAAGUGUUAUUCUUUGUGAAAUGUGAUUCUUUGAAUUGUGAGUCUUUUGUCGUCUUGUAGUUACCCAUCUAUAUAGUAUGAACUAUGAAGAAUUUUAUUUUUUAACUGCCUGUAAAUAAUACCAAUAUAGGCUACAACAAAGAUUUUUUUUCCCUCUUUCAAUGCAAUUUUUAGUCACGGUCCUGACUCAAUUCACUGAUACUGCAAACUGUACAGAUUAUACAAACUUUUAUGUUGCUUAUGAGACUAAAUGUGUGUCUCAUUUAGAAUAUGUUAGGCUUCUGAGGUUAAUUUUUCGAUAUCUUUCAAACAGAAGCUGCUUUAUGUGCUUAAUAUCUAAUUUAGCGUAUGUUGGGUUUUGUAUUGACUGUGUGAUGUUUCUUAGUUAUUUACAAGCAGCAUGGAUUUAUUUCACUGUAAAUUUUACCUAAGAAUUACACAUUCCGGCUUGAAUAAGAGGGUGAAAACUGGUUGUCUACUUUGAUUAUUUAAUAUUUUAUUGCUAUUUAAUGCAACUUUGCAACAACAAAAUGUUUUGGCCUUGUUUCCAUGAUUGUGUUUUCUAUCUGAUACUUAGUUUCUCAAGUAUUAAAUCAACUUCAAACAACUUGAGGUAUUGGCCUU